ACACCCCGCGCCAUCCUCGCGCCCAUCCAUCUCCUCUCUUUUCUCUCAAGCAUUGGCCACUCCAGCCCACUCCGUUCGUGCACAUUUCGACCACGCCUCUCUCUGCGCCCCACCUGCCACCCUCACCCGCUGGCGGCCUGGCACCUCUUUCGCUCGCACUCCUGCACCUCUUUCGCUGGCACUCCCGCACCCCUUCCUCUCGACGCACGAUGCCCGAUCCCGCACUGCAGGCCUAUCUCGCCUCCAAGUAUCUCGACGGUCCCAGGGCCGAUGCCAUCCUCGCGCAUGCCGGUGCCGGCGAGGGCAAGAAGCGCAAGAAGCGCCGUGUGCAUGCCGACGAGGGCGCGUCGGGGAGUGGGGCAGGCCUCAAGGUCGUCGAGGAGCAGCAGUGGCCCGAGACACGCGAUUCAGAAGAGGAGGAGGCAGAGGCGGUGGUGGUCAAGAUGAAGAAGGAGCAGACGCGAUGGGCAAAACUCGGCGGCGACGGCGAUGGCGGCGGCGGCGGCGGUGGGACUGCGGCGAGCGAAGAGACAGAGAGUGCAGGUGCAGGUGCGGCGGCGCGGCAAGAAUCGCAGGAAGCGCAAGCGAAGGAGAAGCAACGAAGCAGCAGCAGCAGCAACAACAAGCCAAAGGCGGGCCUCAAGACGCGCGACGAGAUGCGUGCCGAACGCUUGGCGCGCGAAGCAGCAGCUGCUGCUGCUGGCUCGUCUUCCGCCCCUUCCUCCGAGCGAGCACUCGUUCGUGCGCCUUCUGCACCGCUAGAGGAGCAGCAGCAGCAGCAGCAAGAAACCGUCUAUCGAGACUCGUCGGGCCGCAAAAUCGACGUGGUCAAGGAUGAAGAGGAGCGCAAGAGGCGAAAGAAGGAGGAGGAGGCGUUUGAGAGGGAAAAGAAGCGCUGGAAUAGAGGAGAGGUGCAGAAGAGGGAGGAGGAGAGGAGGAGGAAAGAGGCGGAGUUGAUCAAGGGUGAGGGCUUUAGUCGAUCAGCGAACGACGUGCGCAUGAACAGCACUCUGCGGCAAGUCAUGCGAGCCGACGACCCGGCUUUGGCGUUCCUCACCAAGUCGCGCGAUGCCUCGGCACCUCGCAAGCCCGAAUAUCGCGGGCCUGCGCCGGCGCCGAACCGCUUUGGCAUCAAGCCCGGCUAUCGCUGGGACGGCGUGGAUCGGGGAAACGGCUUUGAAAAGAAGCGGUUUGCGCGCAUUAAUAAACGCAAGACGGACGCUGAGGUGGAACAGGCGAAGAGAGAGAGAGAGAGAGCAGCACUGGGCAAAGAGCGCUGA